UGGGUGGAGAUGAGGACCAAGAUGCGCAUCUUGGGCUUCAAUGCAGAAGCCGUCAAGCCAAUGAAUGAGGGGGCGGCCGCCGAGUUGGGCGCGGAGCUGCUGGGCGAAGCCAUCAUCUUCGUCACAGCCUGCAGCUGCUUGAUGCUGGAGUACCGGCGCCACCAGGCGCAGCAGCGCCGCAAGGAAACCGAGCGGCGCGCCUCCUGGGACGCGAUGCGGGACGAAGUGGGCCACCUGGCGCUGGCGCUGGAGGCGCUGCAGGCGCAGGUGCAGGCGGCGCCGUCGCAGGGCGCCCUGGAGGAGCUGCGGGCGCAGCUGCAAGAAGUGCGCGUUCAGCUCUGCGCCCGGAGCCCGCAGCCCGAGCCCCAGGCAACGCCCGUGUCCGAGGAAUAG